AUGAGCCCCACCAAGAUUUCGACUCCUUUCCAGCCCCUCAGCUGGAACACGAACAUGCCAGCCCCGGAUGUCCCCGCUUCGGCUCUCGUUUACAAGUUUGCCAGAAUGGAGCUGAAGUUCGACACCGAUGCGAUGCGCGGCAAGGGUUUGGCCCCAUACCUAAUUACGAUCCACCCUGGCACCGAGCAGAACACUGAAGAGUUCUGCACGUCGUCUUAUGAUGGUCAAGUCCUAUUCGAAGGGGAAAUCAUGGGCCGCACUGGGACAGUCGCCAUCUACGAGCGUGGCACCACGUCCAACGGUGACGUCAAUGCUGAAUGGGUGAUUGCCACUGGAACCGCUUCUGGUCAGCUCAAGGGCAUCAAGGGGCAUGGCGGCUACGCGCUGAAGGCCGGGAACGGGGGCAAGACCAUUGCUGGCCACCUUGAAGUUGACUUCGAUUCGUGA